CGACCCGUCACCACAUCGGCGGAAAUGAGGAACUAGGAAGUGGAGUGCACGGCUGAUUUGGAAUACCACACAUUUGUUUAAGAUGCAUUAGUGUCGUUUACAGCAAUUUAUUCAUUUUCAUUCACCACAGAUGAAGAGAAUUGAUACCGAUUGGCAUAAGCGGUCAUUCCUCAUGCAGUGGCGUCGCUAGCUGUGUUCGAGAAAGAUGCUUCAGAGGUGACCUGAGUUGGAGCAGGGUGAAUGUGUGGAGUGUUUGCAGAGUAAUCCAUAAUUUUACACCUGAACUCAUCAUGUCAUUGGGCGAACAGUCACAGAAGUGGUUUCCAACUCAUGUCCAAGCCACUGUUCUUCAAGCCACAGACCUGCAACCAAAGGGCAAGAAUGGUACCAACGAUGCCUACACCAUUAUCCAGCUGGGCAAAGAGAAGUACUCCACAUCGGUGGCGGAGAAGACCCUCAGCCCAGUGUGGAGAGAAGAGGCUUCAUUUGAACUGCCAGGGCUGCUGAUGGAGAGCAAUCCAGAGGUUUAUGAGCUGUGUUUCACAGUCAUGCAUAGGUCCCUGGUUGGAUUGGAUAAAUUCCUGGGCCAAAAAAUCAUCAACUUAAAUGAAAUAUUUGACAACAAGGAACGGCGAAAAACUGACUGGUACACACUAGACUCCCGGCCAGGUAAGAAGAGGAAAGACCGAGGCAAGAUUCAAGUUAGCAUUCAGUUCAUGCGGAACAACAUGACGGCCAGCAUGUUUGAUUUGUCUAUGCGAGACAAACCCAGAUCGCCGUUCUCCAAACUCAAGGAAAAGAUGAAGGGUCGCAAGCACGAUGGUGCCUUUUCAGAUACAUCUUCUGCCAUCCUUCCACGCUCAGGACAGAGCGAGACUGAUUCUCUGCCAGACCAGCACCGGCAUCCUCAGGCUGCACCUGAACCCAAACCCAAACGCUCGCUGCUCACUGGGACGCAGAAACUUUCUGCUGCUCACUCCAUGUCUGAUCUGAUAGGAACUCACUUCAGGCCCAAACUCGACUCCAUUAAUUCUAUUGAAGAGAAAGCUGCAUAUCACAGACACUCUCAGAGCGAUGGAUAUGGUUGCCCAACCAGCGAUGUUCCAUCUGACCCCUUUUCCGACAUCGGAGACAACAUGCCCCAGAAAUACGCCACUCUCCCACGCAACCGCAAUCCCUUCGAGGGAGAUCAGGGCAUGCUGUGGGGGGCAGACAAGAGAGAGAAGAAGGAGAAAGUGGGUCUUCUGGGCAGAGUGACUGGUAAGAAAGAAGGAAAGAAAACGGCCACUGGAAUGCGAAUAGGAAGCUCUGGAGACCUGCGAUCUCCAAACCCCUUUACAAGUGAAACCAACCCUUUCAUUUCACACUACAGAUCCAGUGACAACAUGAGAAAUCCCCCUAGCAAUGAGGACCUUACACAGAGAUUCAGAACCUCUCCCGAAAAGAAGCACGGCAUGCGAAAUGAGUCUGAACAUCUGCAGGUGAAUAUGGCGGCCUACAGCAAUCUCUCCUUUGAGGAAGUUGUGCAAGAUCUCAUCAAGCAGAAAGAGGUGGUAAGAAAGAAAGAUGCUCAUAUUCGGGAGCUGGAGGACUACAUUGAUAACCUGCUGGUCAGGGUGAUGGAAGAGACACCCAGCAUCCUGAGAACGCCAUAUGAGCCCAAGAGAAGAGCUGGGAAGAUCUCAAAGAAGUAAAGGAUCCCAAAAGCAUGCUGUAACUUAAGUUUUCUGGCAAAAUAUAUAUUGCUUGUAAAAGGACACUGUUGGUAUGUUGGUUCUGACAGAACACAAGAAUAUUUGUUCAGACACAAACAGGUUUCAUGCCAUAAAGAUACUCUUAAGUUUUCAAGAACAACCGAAUAUAUUGUGAAGAAAGAUGGGCAGUAAAUGUGGUGAUGCCAAACCCCCUAUUAGAUUUUUCCUUUAUUUUCCUUUAUUUUUUAAUAAUCUUUGGAGCUGUUGUCCAAUACGUUUUAGAAGAUAUUCUCAAGCAGCCAUUCAUAGCGCGAAGAGACCAAUGUUAUGUUUUUACCGAAAAUAACUGUGUUUAAGUUGACUUUUUCUUUGGAUUCAGUCAGUAUAAUAGAAUUGAGCACUUAAUACUAUCACUGUGUUUUGCGAUGCUCACUGGGAUGGAUUGUCCACAUGAGGCCUUCAAUUUGCUGUGACUGAAUUCAAAAGCUGUACCAGAUCAAUUGGAAGUGAAAGUGAAGUGACAUGUGGUGUGCUGUGGCACCCAGGGAGCAGUUGGGGGUUCGUUGCCUUGCUCAAGGGUCUCACCUCAGUCGUGGUUUUGAGCUGUACAUUCACUAUCCCUGCAGGACCUGAGACUCGAACCCGCAACCUUCGGUUUACAAGUCUGUCUCUAUACCCUUUAGGCCUUGACUGCAUCACAAAGUGGACAAAUGUGUGGUGAAGCAAGGAAAAACUUGGAUUGGUGGUACCACAGGACAUAGACGUGAAUGUUUACUGGAUGUUUAAGCACCGGAGCGUAUUGGUUUACUGGAAGGCCAUGUUGGGUUUGACAGGAUAACUCUCCUAUUGCUCAUGAGGGUGUUUACACUGAAAAUGAAAAGUGAUCAGACUCAAGAAUGAUAUUGACAUGUGUCUGGUGCCAUAUUGAUAAAUUAGUUACAAAAUGUAGGUAAUGGAACCUUUUGGUACUUUUUCCAAAUCAUACAUCUAUAAAAUAAUACACUGGUACAGAAUUACACUACUAAUAUUUAUUUGAGCUUGAUUGCAAUGAGAAAAAUGUGUUUUUGAAUAACAGUGUUUAAAGAUCAACCUGCCUCUGUUAUAUACAGUGACGACAGAAGUGUAGAAAAGAGCAUCCAAUCUCCAAAGACUUCAUUCUGGAUGUCAUUCAGUUGAACUGGAAUGUACUGAUGCUGAACGUCUUCAGUAUACCGCAGAACUGUCCAAAUCUGUGGACUGCCUACGGUUGACUACACCAAAGUGUUGAUGGUUUUGAUUAUAUUUAAGCUAGUCGGUUAGUCAGUCAAGCACAGUAGUAGUAAAUGGCCCCGUUUUUAAUUUCAAAUUUUACCAGAGCAAAUCUAGCCCAUACUUAUGUAAAACCACAGCAAAUAAUGGAUUGAUUUGGCAUGUCUGGAUGCCUUAUUAUGAAACAUUUUUGAUUGAUUCAUUACAAUGUAUAGCAUGCUUUGUGCAACAAAAUGUAGACAAAAACUAAACAAUGGUUUACAGAUUGCUUUAUAGUUUCAAUGCAGUACUCUGACAUUGUACUGCUUUCCCAAUGCUCUUCUUGUAGGACACGUCUUAGUGCUUACUGUGAUUUUUCUCAUCUUGUGUCAUCUCUAGUACAUAUCUGGUGAGAAAAUGAUAAUGGCUAUCAUUCUAGGUAACAGAGCAUAUGUUUUGCACUUUUUGGCUGUUACACUGGAGCAUCUGUGUAGUGAAAUACUGUGCAGUAGUGGUGCAUGUGGCAACCGCAUACUUAAAAAUGUACAUUUGAGAAAACUAGAAUAAUUGUACUGGUAAUAUAGUCUGUAAAAUAACCCAUUUUAAUAUGUCACCCCUUUAUUUGAAGAACAAAACUGACACAGGGCAAUUCUUUAGGCCAUAAUACCCCUUUUUGAUAUUUUGUAAGAGACAGUAGUAUAUAUGUUCUUUUUUUAUAUAGCUCUGCAGAAAGCUUCCCAGAAGUAGUUUGUCUGAACAACAUUAUAAAACACUGUGCUGGAAAGGAAGUCUCGUAUAAUAUUUCUAUAAUGCUGGAAAUAUUAUUAAUAUCGCAACGAGCAGGUGAUGUAUUGUAGCUGUAAAUUAUUCAUGUUUUGUUUAUUUAACAUUUUAUUUACUUACAUUUCAUGUAUUUGGAGAAGUUUACAUGUGUGUAAUUGACUCUUCGUGUUAAAAUCAUUCAGUGCCAUGUACAGUGUUACACAGUGCUGACAUUAAUAGAGCCCUAGUUACAUGCUUCAUUUUUUUCUAAAAAUGAGACAAUUCAGUUUUGUGCAAGCAGGCAGAAAGCUAGUUUUUUCCAUUAUAGUUCUGUUUACAUGCUAAAUUUUGUAACCUUUGUAAUACGGAUAAAUGUGUUAAAGGAUUUACUUACAAAUCAUGUAGAAAUGUUGUACGCCAGGCUCACGUUAUUUGAUUUUCUGCAUUGUAUUUGUCACUGGCCAAAAAUGUUUCAGAAAAAUACAAUGAAAUACGAUGAAGAGUAAAGGUACAUAGCUAUAGUACUUAUAGUUAGCUAUAUUUAAUUUCUGUCUCUCUCUCUCUCUCUCUCUCUCUCUCUCUCUCUCUCUCUCUCUCUCUCUCUCUCUCUCUCUCUGUUGUCUUAUGUCAGUACUUCUAUGUAUUUAAAUUUUCUCUUUAAGCUUUCUCUUUGAGCUUUCGAUCAAAUAAGUUUCAAAAUUGUUUCAGUAACAUUGAUUGUAUUCAGCGGAGCACUUCUGUCUGUUUUGUCUCAUUGAUCUGGAACUGCUAUGCAUCUCUAUCAAGAGCAAUUCUGUGUGAUACGCUGAAUGUACCAAUCAGCAAUGUCUGUAAUCACAAACAGUGUUGAUCACCCUGUGUAAAUAUUAACUAGCACUUCUUUGAUCACUUUUCACAGUAUAUAUACAGUAGCUAAAAUGAUGAUGAUACAUUGUUUGCUUUCACUAAUAUUAAUAAUAACUGGCAAUGGGAGUACAUUUUCUUUUUUUUUUUUUUUUUUUUUUUUUUUUUUUUACUUCUUGUUUGGCUGUUGAUCUUUGAUUGGUUGUUUAUUUAGAGGUUUAUAGCCGUUUAAUUCUAAAUGUAUUACAGUGAUUAUGUUUGUAUGCUGCUAUUAUCCUGCUAUUUCCCCCAUAGAGGGUUUGGAUCUGUUAAAAUAGCUUCAUUGAGACCUGAUAAAUCAGAAUGGGAAAUUUUUUUUUCCCCUCUAUGAAGGAUAGUAGCAGCGUAAGAGUAAAAUGAAAACACAUGAAAGCAUCAGUAUCAACACACACACACACACACAAAAAAAAUACACCAUUUGGUGUCUUCUACAUUAAUCUCUGGUGCUGCAAAAUCAUAUCAUAUCAUAUAUAUACAGUAUGUUUGUACCAGUUUUUCAGUGUUCUGUAUCAUAUGGGUUUCCAUUCUUGUAAACUACUUUCUACUCAGACACUCGUUCCUUUAAAAUACUGCUUUUCCUCCAAAACUUGAAUUUCCAAUAGUGUGUAAAUAACACUACUUAGAAUAUAGAAUUUUACCCUCUAAAUUUGCUUAUGGUGUUUUAAAAUCCUAGUUAUUAUAAGGACUUUUAUCAACGUGACACUUUCCUGUAGGGUGGUUGAACAUUUUGCGUAGUUGUAGUGAUUAUUCAUCAGGAAGUAAUAUGUCUGUCUUUGCAUUCUUGGCAUGUGGCAUGAAUGAGUGUAGAAGAGAGAUCUGAGUGUAUUUGUCUAUGUGUCUACCAUAUAAAAGGGUGAGAAUGAUGGUACAGCCCAUUUCAAUAAAUCUCCUGUACUUCA